GCCGUAUUUAAUAGCCCACAUUCCAGCUCAUCUUAGCACGCCAAACCCAUUGUUCUCUAAACAUACCUAAGACAGCAAUAGACAAAGAAACACCAAGAAGCAAGCCAUUAGGUUAGCUGGUAGCUAAAUCAAAUCUGACAGCCAUGUCGCAAAACCCAUCACCACUCCUCCGCCUCCCCACCGAGGUCCUCGAUUCGAUCCUCGAGCACAUAACCUCACCACACGAUUAUUUCCACCUAGCGCGAACCUGCCGCGCCCUGUGGGAGCACGAAGACCCGCUGUACGUGUGCGUGGUGCUCGACGCGCGCAUCCUCUGGAGCAACAUAAUCGGCGGCCCGGGAUCGUGCGUCCGGCGGUGGCCCGCACGCUACGAGCCGCUGCUGUACUGGAGUCUGCGGACGCAACAGCCGGUGCACGUCGUGGCGCGGCUCGUCGACCGCUACUACCGCGUGUAUCCCGAGGCGAUCCAGGGGUCGCGAACGUCGGCUCUGAGGCCGGCCGCUGCAUACGCCAUCUCGGCGAACCACCUCGGCGCGCUGCGGGUCAUGCUCGAUAUGCGUGUGAUCCCGCCGCUGGCGGACAUGGGCGAGCAGUAUAUGAACUGGGCUGUCGAGCUGUGCGAUGAUCUCGCCAUCCCCCGCUGGCUUGUGGAGAACGGAGUCAGGGUUACGGCGCCGCAUAUGUUUGCCCUUGAUAGGAGGGGGCUCGCGUCGAGUCCUGACGCCGACUGGCAGUGGUUCUGGGGCCAUUACAGUUCGCCCGUCGCGACCACCACGGGCAACGCGGGCGGUACGAAUAAUACAGGUGGGCCGUAAGUUCGAAUACGUAAGUAAUAGUCUUCCCCUGAGCGUGAUUACGACUUCGCUGGAACCUGAGAAGAGAUAAUGCGUCUCUAAUUAGACUUGGAUACGACGCGCUCUUUAGCUUAGGUAUAUACUUGGUAAGUACGUAGAAACACUGUAAUUUGAAAUUACCCCUAAACGGCGUUAUUUGGUCG